AUGGGUUGCUCGCAAUCAUGCGAUGACAGAGAGCGACAGGACUUGAUGGAAAUGACAGCACUCAGCUCGUAUAUAUGCAAAGAUAAGUUAGAAGAAUUCCGAAUAGCGAAUGAAUGCGCCGAAGGUCAAAAAGUAGACUAUGUGAACAAGUGCUCCAACGAUUGUGGUUACCCUAAGGAAGCUUCUUUACAACUCGAUUCUUCACACGCAGCUGUUGUGAAUCCAUUUUCAUUCUUCGAUAGCAUCGCGCCAAUUUGUCUAACAGUUGAAUGUGUACUUAAAUGCUCCAUUACGGAAUCAAACAAAAAGUGUGCUGGUAGUGGUUACCUUUUCAAAGAUAUUGCAUUUAAACAAGUGCUAGGUGUCGAAGAACGACUGCGCAACAAUUUAUCCAAUUCGUCUUCAUCUGUUGUUCAACAAAAGUUCACUGAGCAAGCACUCAGUAGUGAUUCCGAAUUCCUCCCUUUGAAAACAUCUGUUCCUAACGAAAACACUGAGGAAUCUUCCAGUACUUCGGAUAUGAAAGAAACAACUUCUGCUACAUUUAUUGACGACGUUAUUACGCGUAUAUUUGACGUUCAGCUCGACAGCAAGUUUAUAUCAACGACUACAGUUACGCCUAUUCAUGAGUCGAUUGUUCCGAAAAUAGAACCUGACAUUCCAAUAGGACCUCCGGCACCUAACAGUGCAGUACUUCCAACAGAAAAUCUAGAUAAUAUACCAAAACAACCUGAAACAUCUAUACAAAUCCAAAUACAACCAAUACCAUCACAAACAGAUGUUGAACAUAUUGCGGAACAAGACGAGCACGUAUAUACAUCUACCUUUAUUCCUUCCACUUCAACUAGUACUGAAUUCAAAACGGAUGAAACUGAAAAGGUACAUAACGAUGAAGAAGUUGAACAGAGCCAUGAUGAUGAACAAGAAAAAACAACAAGCAGUCAUGAAUCAACAACAGAAAGUAUGCAUGAAAUCAUGUCAACGAAUAUCAUUACAACAACACUGAAUCAAGACGAGGCUGAACGCACUAUAAUAGUAAUUAAUGAUGAAAGCGAUCAAGAAAUUAAUACAAAUGUGAUCACGGAUCAACAACAUAAUACACCUGAACAACAAAAGGUAUGCAUCGUUCUUUAUAAACUUCUCUAA